AUGAGCCCCACCGGCACAUCAACCCCAACACAUCACUCUGGAGAAUAUGAGAAGCCAUGGCUGGAGGAUCCCAAGUUCAAACGCACAAAGUACAACAACUAUGUGAUAUAUGUCUUUGUGUUCUUGGGCGUGUGUGCUGCAGGCGUCGUCGCCUACUUCCAGAUCAGACCUGCAAUAUCAGGCCCGAUAUGUCUCGUAUAUGAGGACGCAUUUGACCAGGGAAAACUUGAUGACAAGUUUUGGAACUAUGAAGUGACACUCGACGGGUUCGGGACGAGGUCCUUUGACUGGACAACCACUGACCCGUCCAAUGUCUACACGGACGAGAAGGGCCUCCACAUCGUGCCAACGCUCACAAACGAGAGCACGCCCAUCACCACGGACCAGAUGUGGAACGAUUACACCCUCAACCUCACUGCCGACGGCACCUGCACGGAGGACAGAGCCGCUGCAUGCGUCGCCCACUCUAACUCGACCAAAGGAGAAAUGAUCCCGCCAGUCAGGUCAGCCAGGAUCAACACCAAGGGCAAGAUGGGCAUCAAGUACGGAAGGGUCGAGGUUGUCGCCAAACUCCCCAAGGGCGACUGGAUCUGGCCGGCAAUCUGGAUGAUGCCCACAGACUCGGCGUACGGCGAGUGGCCGAGGAGCGGAGAGAUGGACAUCAUGGAGUCCCGGGGCAACGGGGUCUCGUACCCCGGCGGGCGCAACGUCUACUACACGACACUGCACUGGGGCCCGACUUCUGUGCUGGAUAGCUACUGGAAGACCAUGGCUGUGAGGACCCAGCGCCGGGGAGACUUCACCGAUUCAUUCCACACCUUUGGAAUCGAGUGGACGGACAAGUACAUCUACAUGUAUUUCGACAACAGGCUCACUCAGGUCCUCUACACCAAGUUCCACGCGGACAAGACCCUUACCACAGGGAAUGCACCUUUCGACCAAGAAUUCUACCUCAUCCUCAAUGUUGCCGUCGGGGCCAGGAACGGAUGGUUUGAGGAUGGCAAGGGCGGCAAGCCCUGGGUCGAUGCGGCGACCAAUGCCCAGUGGACCUUCUGGGAUGACGCUGAUCAGUGGCUACCGACGUGGGGGGAGGGCGACUCGAGGGGAAUGACAGUCAAGUCUGUCAAGAUGUGGCGAUCGGGCUCCUGCGGGUCCGCUGAACUGUAA